ACACUCGUUUAGAAACUGAGCCUUUACCCUCAAAUUCCUUUCACACAGGCCACCAAACAGCUAUCAGAUUUUCAGUGUGAAAGGUUUUUAGUCCAGCUUUAGCAUUUACUCUGUAAAAAAAAUAAUGAGGAAAACAUGUUGUUUUUUUUCUGUGAGAGGCUGGUACCAGUAGCGCUCUAGAAGGCAGAAUGCCAAAUCAGUGACUCUGCAAGAAAUCUGCCUUUUUUUUGGAAAGCUGUUGCCUCAGAGGCUUUGGAAAAGUUUUGAAAUCACAGUAAAAAAGAACACCGAGGUUUAGGAAUGUUGUGGAGUAUCCUCUACCUUUUAAAGAAGGCAGCCCUCCUGCCGUGACGUUACACUGGCAUCCUGCAGAAAGCUCUCGAGCACUGAGAAGAAAGGGUCUGACACAGAAGUGAUACAAGAAGACUUAUAUAUCCAAUCUAGAAGAGCAACACCAUGGAAACAAGAAUGAUUCCUGACCAAUCUAAAGACAAUCCACCUUUCCUGGACAGAAGUAUUGGAGCACUUCCUGUCAAGAGAAUGUAUCCUUAUUUUUCUAAGUUAAAGAUAUUUCUUGGGGCACUAGCAUUCUCCUUUUUUGCCAAAGGAUUUUCUGGAAGCUACAUGAAGAGUAUGUCAACUCAAAUUGAAAGGAGAUUUGAAAUUUCAUCGUCAGUUGUUGGCAUCAUUGAUGGCAGCUUUGAGAUAGGUAACUUAAUGGUGAUGAUACUGGUGAGCUAUCUUGGGUCAAAGGUUCACCGGCCCAAAGUAAUUGCUGCUGGAUGUCUCAUCAUGUCAUUUGGAACAUUUUUAUCAGUGAUGCCUCAUUUCCUAAUGGGACGUUAUAAUUAUGAAAGAAUACCACUUACAGAGGACAACUCUUCUACAAGUUUAUCAGCAUGUUCUCUACCAUUACCUUUACAUCAUCCAACUUUAGAUGCUAUGGAAAUGACUAGAGAGUUGAAAAAUUCUGGAUGUGAAAAAGCAGCAAGCUCCUAUCUGUGGAUCUUUGUACUGAUGGGAAACCUUUUACGUGGAAUUGGUGAAGCACCUAUUAUGCCACUGGGGGUGUCAUAUGUUGAUGAUUUUGCCAAAGAAGAAAACUCAGCAUUUUACAUCGGUACCAUAAGAUCAUGUGGAAUGGUUGGGCCAACACUUGGAUUUCUGCUCGGAGCUUUCUGUGCUAAUCUGUGGGUAGAUGUUGGAGUGGUAGAUCUUGAGAGUUUAACCAUAAAUCCUAAGGAUACUCGUUGGGUUGGCGCCUGGUGGCUUGGAUUGGUGAUAUGUGCAGCAGUCAGUUUUCUGGCUUCAUUGCCUUUCUGGUUCCUACCUUAUUCCUUACCAAAAGAAGGAGAAGAAAGAAAUUUGAAGAAGCUGAGUGAAUCAUCUGUAACUAUUCAAGAAGAUCACUGUAAAAUAGAACUCCCAAGUCAACCACAGUUAAAAUUCUCAGAAGCAGUAAAAGAUUUCCUACCAACUUUGAAGAAACUUCUUGGGAACCCAGUCUUUCUGGUGUACUUGUUCCUCACUAUUCUGCAGUAUAAUUCUAUGGUUGGGUUGAUAACUUUUGAGACAAAGUUUAUGGAACAGCAAUUUAACGUAUCCGUGUCAAGAGCCAUCUUUCUAAUUGGUGUGAUACUUUUACCCAUUACAAUUCUGGGGAUGUUUCUGGGAGGCUUUAUCAUUAAAAAGUUCAAGUUACACAUAACUGGAAUGGCAAAAUUUGGAUGUGCCACCUUUAUAGCUGCAUACCUGUUAAACCUCUUGUACUUCACAUGUGAUUGUGAGGUGCUCCAGGUGGCUGGUUUAACAGUCUCCUACUCUGGAGUAAAACAAUCUUCCUUCCCAAAAAACAACUUAAUUGCCAGCUGCAAUUCUGACUGCAGCUGUGUAUUGAAUCAAUGGGAUCCUGUAUGUGGGGACAAUGGAAUCACUUAUAUGACCGCAUGCUUUGCUGGGUGUAAAUCAUCGAUCGGGACUGGAAAGAAUAUGGUGUUUCACAACUGCAGCUGUGUGCAAGCUGAAGGGCUCGAGAGUGGAAAUUUCUCUGCAGUUCUGGGACAGUGCCAAAGAGAAAGCUGUACUAAAACAUUUCCCUAUUUUUUGGCAUUACUGAGCACAUGUGCACUUAUUUUAGCUUUAGGAGGCACUCCUACAUACAUGAUUAUGUUUAGAUCUGUUUCACCAGACUUGAAAUCAUUUGCUGUUGGUAUUGACGCUUUGUGUGGAAGGAUACUAGGCGGACUUCCAGCUCCCAUUUAUUUUGGAGCUUUGAUAGAUCAGACCUGCUUGAAAUGGGGAACAAAGCGGUGUGGAGGAUCAGGGUCUUGCAGAGUGUAUGACACGAAAGCAUUCAGAAAUGUCUAUCUUGGACUCAUUGCAGGACUGAGGGCAGGAUGUUGUUUCUUAUAUAUAACGCUCUUCAUUUUAAUAAUAAAACGAUUCCAACCAGAGAGCAAUGAGCUGAUAGAUGUGAAAAGUACAGAAGUAUCAUCCAGGAAGGGAUCAACUAGUGGCAGUAAAAAUGAAACUUUUCCUUGUGCAAAAGCUUUGGAGGCAAAUGAAGAAACAUGUCUGUGAGAAGGACACAGGCAUUUUCUAACUCUGAAUGCUCACGUGGAGGUUUUACAAGUACAGCAUAGGGCCAAAUACUGACGUCUACAGCUUUUUGGAAUUGCAAUGAAAAAUUUUCAAGUUUUAACCCCUCACCUCCCCCCGAAAAAGCAGGAAAAAUGAUAAUGUUAUUUUUGUGUUUUUUAAACAAUUGUAAGGCUAGUUGAAAUGUUUCCAAUUUUAAAAUUUUAAUUUAAAAACAGGUGGGAAAUUUAAAAUAAAAAAAUGCACAACAACUCUUCCCUGUUUUUCAACCCGAUCUAGACAAGUUCUAGCCCUGGGUCUGAUCCUGUAAUCCUUAUUAAAUCAUAUAAUCCUUAUAUACUCAAUUGUUCUUCCUGAGUUCAAUAGGCACACUCAUAUGAAUGAGGAUUACUAACGUGAAUAAAGGUUGUAGGGUUGGUCCCUCAGUCAUCAAACACUUCAUAACAACUUCAGGAUUUGGCUCAAACAUUAACCAGUCAAAAUAGACUGCAGAAGAGAGACUAUACUGUAUUAGUUUUAAAGUACCUUUCAGUAUUGAAUCAAACCUUUUCUCAUCAUUAGUGUAAUUAUUCUGAUCCUGUGCAAUGAGGUGGCAGAUACUGGAGUUACAUUUCUUUGAUUUUUAAAAAAAAUUUUUUAGAACGUUAUCAAUGUAAGUUUGUAAUAAUUGAAAGACUGCAGUAUAUAUAUUCGUCAUCCCCCAAUAAAGUGCCAAAAAAGGCCAUUAAAUAAAGUGCUAAAAGCUGUCAAAUAGAGCUUCGGUGACAUGCCAGAGAAGAGAGAGCCUUAAUAACAAACGCGCCUAUCAUUUAUUACUAAAAUAUCUCUUUAAAAAAGCAUCACUACGUGAAGUGUGAAGUCCCCCUGACAAAGACGGCUCUGUGACUUUUCAAAGGGAAUGAAUAUCACUAAUAAGAACAAUUGGGGUAAUUUGUCACCGCUGUUGCAGCAUGGUGUGUCACAUGCUUAGGGAUUGUCUACACUCCAGAGCCUUUGCUGACAGAGCCCCCUAAUGGAGAUGCAGCGUAGGCUGACAGGAGUUCUCCUGGCAUAGCUAUACCACCUCCCCGAACAACAUUAGCUAAGCCAGGAGCAGCAUUCUUCUGUUGGAGUACUCACAUCUACAGCAAGUGUCUUCUGAGCCACCAUAGUUAUGCUGGCAAAACUUUGUACUGUAGACUAAGUCUCGCUCUAUUUUAGGGUUAAAGCCUUCUCUCCCCAGGCUCUAUGCCCAGCUCGAGGAGCCGUGAGAGCCAUGGCUGGAUUGGAAUAAUCUUCUCCAUACCUUGGGCAAUAGUUUAUAGAAAAUGGAAGGAAGCUCAACACGUCUAAAAAUGAGCUCUUUCUGUUUCCCCUACAUGGGGAGAAAUAAUGGGUAGCGAUCGAUUUAUCGGGGAUCGAUAUAUCGCAUCUCAUUAAGAAGCAAUAUAUUGAUCCCCGAACGCGCUCCCCGUCGACUCCGGAACUCCACCGGAGCAAGCGGCGGUAGCGGAGUCGACGGGGGAGCCGCGGACGUUGAUCCCGCGCCGUGUGGACCCCAGGUAAGUCGAUCUAAGAUACUUCAACUUCAGCUAUGCUAUUCACGUAGCUGAAGUUGCAUAUCUUAGAUCGAUUCCCCCCCCCCAGUGUAGACCAGCCCCAAAGAGCCUUUGGCCUGGGCUUCCGCCAACACCCCCACCAGUCUGGCUAUAAACAAAAGCACAGGAAGCACCCAUGACAUGGCACGCAUGCUGGUCACCUGUGUGAGAGCUCCUCAAAUUUUGGUACCCAGUUUUGCUGCUCACAGAAUUAAACCAACAUGUUCAGACUUCAGGAUUCUUUUAUAAAGGGACGUUUGACUUCAGGCUACAAUCAGAUAGAAGAAAACAGUCUGUUUUGUGUGUUGGAAUAUAAACUACAUUAGCACAAACUAUGUCAGCAUUAGAGACGGGCCUGAAUCAAAAUCCCAGAUUCAACCACCCUUGAAUUUUCAGGGAUUCAAAAUCCGUGGGCCUCAUUCUCCUCACGCUUACAUUGGUGCAAUUGCAUUGACUUCUCUCGAGUUACUCCUGAUUUACACUAUGCAAAUGAGGAGCAUCUCAGGCCCUGAUACAUGAAUCUGAACAUAGUGGCUUGAACUGAGCUUGGUCUACAUGCAAUUCAUUUUACUUUUUGGGGUGAUAAAUUAAAAUAUGUUGAUUCCUGCUGAUCAGUGAAUGUAUGCGGCACGAUGUUUUGUUUAUAUAUUAAUAAAGUAUUUUUGACAAAACAAGA